CCGUGGGGCUCACGCCGUCGGCAGCGCCGGCACCCCGGACUGGAGUCGUGCAGGUAGGUCGGAACGCGACGCCCCCAGUUCACGGAGGAGGAGCCAAGCCGACCGAAGUGGUGGAGGAGAAGGACCGGGUAAGGGGACGCAGCAGGAAUUUUUCAAAUAGAAAGUAAUUGCAGAGUUUCCGGUUGACCAGCAUUCAUAGGAAUGAAGACAAACACAGAGAUGGUGUGUCUCAGAAAUUUCAAAAGGUGUAGACCUCCUGAUUGAAGCAAAUUCAACUUACUUGAUUUACUUUUUUUAUUAUAUUUCCAUACUUCUACAAGCAAAAGUCAUGAUUACACUAACAGAGCUAAAAUGUUUAGCAGACGCCCAGUCAUCUUAUCACAUCUUAAAACCGUGGUGGGAUGUCUUCUGGUAUUACAUCACCCUGAUCAUGCUACUGGUGGCUGUGCUGGCUGGAGCGCUCCAGCUCACGCAGAGCAGAGUUCUGUGCUGUCUUCCAUGUAAGGUGGAAUUCAACAAUCGCUGUGCCGUGCCUUGGGACAUCCUGAAAGCCAGCAUGAACGUGUCCUCUGACCGUGGGGCCCCACUCCCGCUCCCCCUCAGAAUCCAGAACGACCUCCAUCGGCAGCAGUACUCCUACAUCGAUGCUGUCUGUUACGAGAAACAGCUCCAUUGGUUUGCCAAGUUCUUCCCUUACCUGGUGCUCUUGCACACGCUCAUCUUUGCAGCCUGCAGCAACUUUUGGCUUCACUAUCCCAGUACCAGUUCCAGGCUUGAGCAUUUUGUGGCCAUUCUUCACAAGUGCUUUGAUUCUCCAUGGACCACUCGAGCCCUAUCGGAAACGGUAGCUGAGCAGUCCGUGAGGCCUCUGACACUCUCCAAGUCUAAGGUUUUGCUUUCAUCCUCAGGGUGUUCAGCUGAUGUUGAUUCCAACAAGCAGUCGUUGCCCUACCCACAGCCAGGCUUGGAGUCAGCUAGCAUAGAAAGCCCAACUUCCAGUGUCCUAGACAAGAAGGAGGGGGAACAAGCCAAAGCCAUCUUUGAAAAAGUGAAAAGGUUCCGCAUGCACGUGGAGCAGAAGGAUAUCAUUUAUAGAGUGUAUCUGAAGCAGAUAAUAGUUAAGGUCAUUUUGUUUGCCCUCAUCAUAACUUACGUUCCAUAUUUUUUAACCUAUAUCACUCUUGAAAUUGACUGUUCCAUUGAUGUGCAGGCUUUUACAGGAUAUAAGCGCUACCAGUGUGUCUACUCCUUGGCAGAAAUAUUUAAAGUCCUGGCUUCAUUUUAUGUCAUUUUGGUUAUACUUUACGGUCUCACCUCCUCAUACAGCUUGUGGUGGAUGCUGAGGAGUUCCCUGAAACAAUAUUCCUUUGAGGCAUUAAGAGAAAAAAGCAACUACAGUGAUAUCCCUGACGUCAAGAAUGACUUUGCCUUCAUCCUUCAUUUGGCUGAUCAGUAUGAUCCUCUUUAUUCCAAACGCUUCUCCAUAUUCCUGUCGGAGGUCAGUGAGAACAAACUGAAACAGAUCAACCUCAACAAUGAAUGGACAGUUGAGAAACUGAAAAGUAAGCUUGUGAGAAAUUCCCAGGACAAGGUAGAACUGCGUCUUUUCAUGCUCAAUGGUCUUCCAGACAAUGUCUUUGAGCUCACUGAAAUAGAAGUGCUAAGCCUGGAGCUUAUCCCUGAGGUCAAGCUGCCGUCCACAGUCUCUCAGCUGGUCAACCUCAAGGAGCUUCACGUGUCCCACUCCUCUCUGGUGGUAGACCAUCCUGCACUGGUCUUUCUAGAGGAGAAUUUAAAAAUCCUACGCCUGAAAUUUACUGAGAUGGGAAAAAUUCCGCGCUGGGUAUUUCACCUGAAGAAUCUCAAGGAACUUUAUCUGUCAGGCUGUGUCCUGCCGGAACACUUGAGCACCAUGCAGAUGGAGGGUUUUCAGGACUUAAAAAACCUGAGGACUCUCUAUUUGAAGAGCAGCCUCUCCCGGAUCCCACAAGUCGUGACAGACCUCCUGCCUUCACUGCAGAAGUUGUCCCUAGAUAAUGAGGGAAGCAAAUUGGUUGUGUUGAACAACUUGAAAAAGAUGGUCAAUCUGAAAAGCCUCGAGUUGAUCAGCUGUGACCUGGAACGCAUUCCACACUCCAUUUUCAGCCUGAACAAUUUGCAUGAGUUAGACCUAAAAGAAAAUAACCUGAAGACUGUGGAGGAGAUCAUUAGCUUUCAGCAUCUCCAGAAUCUCUCCUGCUUAAAGUUGUGGCACAAUAACAUUGCUUAUAUUCCCGCCCAGAUUGGGGCAUUAUCUAACCUAGAGCAGCUCUAUUUGGACCAUAAUAAUAUUGAGAAUCUGCCUCUGCAGCUUUUCCUAUGCACCAAACUAUAUUAUUUGGAUCUAAGCUAUAACCAUCUGACCUUCAUUCCAGAAGAAAUCCAGUAUCUGAGUAAUUUGCAGUACUUUGCUGUGACCAACAACAAUAUUGAGAUGCUACCAGAUGGGCUGUUUCAGUGCAAGAAGCUGCAGUGUUUACUGUUGGGGAAAAACAGCCUCAUGAGUUUGUCCCCUCAUGUGGGCGAGCUGUCGAACCUUACUCAUCUGGAGCUCAUUGGUAAUUACCUGGAAACACUUCCUCCUGAGCUGGAAGGCUGUCAGUCCUUGAAACGGAGCUGUCUGAUUGUCGAGGAGAAAUUGCUCAACACUCUUCCACUCCCUGUAACAGAACGUUUGCAGACAUGCUUAGAUAAAUGUUGACCUAGAGGGAAGAGACCCCAUGUCUCAAAAUCAUUUUUUAAGGUAUACUUCCGGAGGUUUAAAUGAGAAGUAAAAUUGCCCAAAUUGUAAGAUGAAAAGUGGGCAGUGAGUAUGACUAACCAUAACCAAAUGUCUUAUUAAAGCAACUCAGUGUCUAGCCCUUAAUUAAACAGGUAAAAAGGGUUAGCACUGAACUAAAGUUUUGUGAGUAGCUGAUCUUUAACUAAUGGAGGUGUUGCAAGAAGGACAGGUCAAGGCUAGAAUGGGGGGCAUGGAAUUAUUGAACCCCUACCUUGCAGUUUUUACAUUGAAGGUUGUAUGGGUGUUCUUUUCCUCUCCCUCCCCUAAUCCAUUACUUAUUACACACUUGUUUAAACUGACUUCCUAUUCUGAUAUUUAUGACCAAGAUCAUAAAAACAUCCAAAUAAAUGUCUGUGAUAUAUCCUCACCGCUGCCUUUGAUUAACAUCUUUUUUUUCUAAGGCAGGGUACAUUAUGUUUGGCCGAAUUCCUUCUUGGCAUAUUUUUCACUUCCUUUCCCAGCUUGCUUGACUUUUCCUUAAUCUGGUUUUCUCUUAACAACAAUGAUGAACCCUGAGAAAAUUGCUGCCUUUGGCCUUUGCAUGGAACAAGAGCACGGUACUUAGGAGAUUUCACCCUGGGGGCAUCCUGAAAAUUAAUAUAUUCUCUAAAAUUUCUUCUUGUCUAUCAUCAAAACCAUUUUUAUUUGCUAAGAAUUUUUAUAUUAGAUGUAAAACAUAAAUAUUUUCUAUUGCAUAAUUUUGGAUUGAACAUCUGUAUGGAGAAUAUAUGCAUUUCUUCAAGAAUUUACUUAUUAAUGUACUUGGUUUUGACUGCUUAUGAUUCUCAUGUUUCUGUGCAUUCAGCUCCAAAAUGUUUUUCUGCUCUGCAGCUAAUUACAUCUGGUUAACAAAAGCCUUGUGUUCCGUGCACAGAAAUAUUUGGGGGGUUUCCUUGAGAGAAGAUGGCCCAUCAUUUACCUCUCUCUUCCCUACUUGUUGUGCUAUCGUACGGGUACAAUUCUUAAUUACUUACAAAAACUGACGGAGGGGAGAGGUACAGAUCUGGAUUUUUUUAAUUGAUUUUAAAACACUUUGUAGACAUUUAAUAAGAUUUAAAAAAGAAAAUACUUCUUUUCCUCCAUCUGCUUGAUCUCUAGAUAUGAUUAUAAUGUAAAACACUCAGCUCCUAUUUAGCGACUAAGAUGAGUUCUCAAAGCUCACAAAGAAAUAGAUCCAUUUAACGCUGAAAUUCAUCCCAUGCCUUUGUCUAAUUCUUCUGGAAUACAUUUUGCUCCCUUUUCUAAACAGCAUUAUGUUUGGCCUUUUAUUAUCAUGCAUAUUGUAAAAUGAAUAAAAUGGACUGACUCAUUUUGGGGAAAUAUACAUUUUUAAUGUGUUUUUCUCUCAUGGAUCUAGACAUUAUGAUGCCAGCUCAUUUUUGGAUGUAGCUAUGAAGUAACCUAUUAACUGCACCUAGACAAAACUGGAAAACACUAUAG